AUGGUAGCCUCACAUAUCACAGAGACUGACAAUGUUAGAAUGGGUAAACAAGUCUGGCGAGGCCAAGAUUCUCAGUGGAGGAAGUCUACUCCUCCUCCACCUUCAUUCUUCACCAGAAGGGCAAACAAUAAGUUUGUUCUCAAGGAUAUUGAUGGGCAUUUCCAUGACAUGCAGCUGGAUGAGAUCCUCCAGAGAACUAGCAUGGAGGAUACACGAUCCUCUGAUGAGAGCUUGGGUCCCUCAGUGUUUACUGCAUCCCCCUCAUACAAAUCUUCAUUUGCCCAAACACCCAUCACUUCCCUAAAAUCACUCUACCCCCAUAGUAAACCUGGCAGUGUUUCUCCGUCAGGAUCUUCUUCUCAUCAGAGCAACCUCAUAGUUCCACGACCGAGACUCCCAGAUCCAGUUGCCCGGCGGCGAGACAGUGGUUCAUUGUAUAGUGUUGAAGACAUCUCCCUCAAAGCUUGUGCAUACACUGCCAAUGCAACUCAGACUUCACCCCGGAAUUCUGUCCUGAGACAGAAUGAUACAGAUCCUACUUCCAAGGUUGAGAUCGACUCUGAGUCCCAAAACCUGGAUGAGUACUUGAGAAAGUACGGCCAGAGGAAAGUGACCCGACAUAAGUGGAUCAUGACGGGUUUCCUGAUCUCUGCCAACUUCAUGUUCAUCUUUGCAUCUUGGUGGUGGCCUCGAUACUACUACGUUUACAUCCCUUUCAUCUCAUUCCCACUGGUUCUCAACUGUAUCAUGAUUGCCUCCAUCAUCUGCAUCAGUCUCAAGAAUCUCAUUGUGACCCAGAAGAUUAUUGAGCCAGACCACAUUGAGAACCUGAUUAUGAUUAUGCCUUGCUACAAUGAGACUCUCGAAGAAUGCACCAAGUCACUUGACUCUCUUGUCGAGCAAGUCGGCAUAGACAACCACAAGAGAGGCAUCAUGGUCAUCUGUGAUGGUCGUGUCCGUGGACCCGGAAUGGAUAAGACGACAGCUCAGUAUCUUAAAGAAGAUAUCUUUGUUGGGAAGAUUCACUCCGAGAAGAUCCGCAGUGCAUAUAGAGCUUGGGACGGUCAAGCCAUGGAUGUCGACAUCUCAUGGGGUUACUACAGGGGUGUGCCGUUCUACUGUAUCAUCAAGGAACAGAACCAGGGCAAACGCGAUAGUCUCAUCGUUGUCCGCUCAUUCCUGUACAAGUACAACAUUCGAGACACUAAGCCGACGACAAUUUUCUCGUCCCGGUUUCUGCUCUCAAUGACCGACUGGCUCUCCCAAGAAGUCAGAGUCAACCAAGUCGAUCACCUGAUCGGUAUGGACGCAGAUACUGUGUUUCAAAACAACUGCAUCUCAGAGCUCCUAAAAGAGUCAAAGUAUCCCAACACAGUUGGGGUCUGCGGCUACGUCGCGGUCGACUUCAGCGGAGGCAAUUGGAACUUGUGGUCUAUCUACCAGAAUGCCGAGUACACAAUUGCCCAGGGACUGAGACGGCUACACCAAUCCAUUGCAACAAAGAAAGUCUCCUGUCUGCCUGGUUGUUGCCAGUUGCUUAAGAUUUGCGACAUGACAUGCGGUGACAAGGUCCUCAUUGAACAAUUUGGAUACUAUCCCAGACCUUUAGAUGGCAUGAUCAAACGCAUUCGAGCCACUGCGUCUGAAGAUCGAAACCAUAUAUGUCAACUUCUCACCACCUUUCCAGAAGCACAGACUCGUCAAGCUUUGCGCGCGAGGGCUUACACUGAUGUACCCCAUUCUUGGAGUGUCUUUCUUUCUCAACGUCGCCGCUGGACACUCGGAGCUACAAGCAACGACUUGCUACUGUUUACGGCCAGGCAUUGCCAAUGGUGGGAGCGUAUACUAGCAUUUUCGAACGUUCUUACCUGGUCACUCAACGUUUUCGUUAUCGCCUCUAUCGGUUGUAUGAUCGUGGCUUUUAUGCACCAGCCAUGGUGGAUUAUCAUGGCAUUUGCAGGCAUCAUGAUUGUCCCUCUUAUUUACUAUAUUAUCAUGGCAAUUUGGCUUCCAGAGUCAAUGCUGGAGAGGUUCCAGUACCUCCUCGGUUUGUUCAUCUUUGUUGUUCUGGGACCGUUUUUGAACAUUGCCGUCAUGGUGUUUGCAGUGUUCAAUAUGGAUAGUUUUGGCUGGGGCAAGACAAGGAAGGUCAUCGUUGAGACUCCUGAGGAACAGUUAAAGGAGAAACAGAACAUUGGGGAUACCGGCAGUGGUUCCAAUUCGUUACCGGGAACCUUUAGCAGUGACCAGAGAGAGGAGGUGGCUAUAAGUGCAACCGUCAGGAAGCCAGCGGUAGUAUACGUGCCUCCAACUACGCAGCACUUGUAG